AUGAGCUCCCUUGCGACAAAGCAGCAGUCGCUCAAGAUCUUUGAGAAGUUGAAGACUAAGCCUGCGAACAAGAUCUGCUUCGACUGCGGCCAAAAGAACCCUACAUGGACCUCUGUUCCCUUUGGCAUCUACCUCUGCCUUGACUGCUCCUCCAACCACCGAAACCUUGGUGUCCAUAUCUCUUUUGUGCGAUCAACGAACCUCGACCAGUGGCAAUGGGAUCAGCUGCGAGUGAUGAAGGUUGGCGGCAAUGAGUCUGCUACCAAGUUCUUCCAGCAGAAUGGUGGCACCGCGGCGCUGAACAGCAAAGACCCCAAGACCAAGUAUCAAUCCAACGCUGCGACAAAGUACAAGGAUGAGCUCAAGCGCCGUGCUGCGCGAGAUGCUCAAGAAUAUCCCACUGAAGUUGUAAUCACCGACGCUGUUGACAAUGGCUCCGCUACCCCUGCCGGCGAGCCCGACGACGAUUUCUUCUCUUCCUGGGACAAGCCUGCUAUCAAGAGACCUACACCACCCAUCUCUCGCACCGGAACCCCUCCUGUUGUCGGCCGCACGCCUUCUCCCUUCUUGAACUCUGGCAGCGGCAAGGAUAUCGCCCGUACAGCUUCACCCCUUUCCCGAACCUCCACUGGCGAGAACAAGCCUGCUGCAAGCCGAAUCACUACAUCCGCCGCUCUCCGCAAGACGCCCGCUUCCAAUGGCCCCCGAAAAGCCAACGUUCUCGGUGCCAAGAAGACCACCAAGCUCGGCGCAAAGAAGGUCACCGCCGAUGUCAUUGACUUUGAUGAGGCUGAGAGGAAGGCCAAGGAGGAGGCGGAUCGCAUUGCCAAGCUUGGCUACGAUCCCGAUGCCGAGGAGGACCCCGCCACCAAGAACUCCGGAUCAGCUGCUGCCAUUAUCUCUCCCACUCCUGUUAGCUCCAGUCGUGGAAGCGCCUCGUCGCACACACGACAGAAGUCAGAUGCCGAGGUUGAGCGACUGGGUAUGGGUGUGAACCGUCUGGGUUUUGGACAAAUUGGUGGUCCCAAGGCCGCCGCUUCUUCUGCCCCCAAGAGGAACGCUGGAGGUUUUGGUUCCGUUGGCCCCGUCAGGGCUCAAGAUGUUGAUGACUCUGAGCGAUAUGCCCGUGAAAAGUUUGGCACCCAGAAGGGCAUUUCUUCCGACGAGUUCUUCGGCAAGGGUGCUUUCGACCCCAGCCAACAAUCCGAGGCCAAGACCCGACUUCAAGGUUUCGAGGGCGCAACCGCCAUUUCUUCAAACGCCUACUUCGGACGACCAGAGGACGAGCCCGAGGAGGAGUACGGCGACCUCGAGUCUGCAGCCAAGGACUUUGUGCGCAAGUUUGGUAUCACCGCUGGUGACGAUCUUGAGAACCUCACACAAAUGGCUGGCGAGGUGUCAACUCGACUCCAGGGAGCCAUCCGCUCAUACCUUGGAAACUAA